UAUCGAUAGUGCCAACGAUGGUUGUGCAGCCCUAAGUCUUAUAUUUAGUAUGCUUGAAUUGUAAUUCACAUUUAUCAAAUACAUAGAUACUUUCGGUGUUAUCAAUAUGCCUAAGGAACAGUUUCGUGCAUCGGCUCUGAACAAAAAAAUUUCACAUGUACAGUUUGGAAUCAGUGGGGCCGAUGAGAUUCAGCAGGAAGCGCUGGUAAGGAUCACCUCAAAAAAUCUCUAUCAGGGACAACGACAACCGGUGCCUUCUGGCGUACUGGAUCGUAGAAUGGGCAUCAGCACGAAAGAUGCUGUAUGUGAAACGUGCGGUCAUGGUUUGAAUGAGUGCAUCGGGCACUUUGGCUAUUUAGACUUAGCGCUCCCAGUCUUCCACAUAGGCCACUUCCGUGCCACAAUUAAUAUUCUACAGAUGAUAUGCAAGUCGUGUGCUCAGGUGAUGCUAAAGUUUGAGGACCGUCUUUCAUUUGAAAAAAAGCUACAUAAUCCAAAUUUCUCAUAUCUGGGAAAAAAGGCCUUGCAUGCACAGAUGUUGGCCAAGGCCAAGAAAGUCACAAAAUGCCCACACUGCGGAACCGCCAACGGAGGCGUGAAGAAGGGUCCUGGGCUUCUGAAGAUUCUGCAUGAUCCAUACAAAGGGCGCAAGGUAGAUGCUGUGUUUACAAGCAACAUGGAUGAAAUGCUUCGCUCGACAGAGUUCAAUCGCGACCUUAAUCUUACACUCAGUAAUUACAGCACGGCUGAGGAGCUCACUCCACUAAUGGUGCUGGACCUUUUUGAACAGAUCCCACAGAGUGAUGUAGCCUUAUUGGGAAUGUGCUCUCGUGGUGCCCAUCCAAAGCAUCUAAUUGUGACGCGUGUAUUUGUGCCUCCUGCCUGCAUUCGUCCAUCGGUAUUAUCAGAAGUAAAGGCCGGCACAACAGAAGAUGACUUGACUAUGAAACAGAGCGAGAUCUUACUAAUUAAUGAUGUGAUCCAGCGGCACAUGGCUACCGGCGGAAAAAUAGAACUUAUAUAUGAAGACUGGGACUUUUUACAACUGCAUGUGGCCCUUUACUUUCAUCGCGCCAUAGCUUGUGGUUUUGAAUCUCCUAGAUCCUUUUCUUUUUUAAAUGGUAUUUUAACCAUACACCUACCAUUCUCAUCUCUUCUUGUUGUUUCCAAGAAAUGCUUCUCGCAAACAUCUUCUACAUCAUUCUUUUCACUUUCCAAUUUCCAGAACCGCUCUGAGUUCCCAACUUCAAUUGUUGUCGCCACAAUAAAUUUAUCACCUUUUGAUUUGGUGCAACCGGAUAUAAUCCAUCCGAAUUCUGUAUUUCGGCCAAGUAGUCCGUUUAUUUUGACUACUCCGUCUUUUAAAAUAUGUGUACACAUCUAUCCCAAUUAUUACAUCUACCCUACUUGGAUUGUUAAAGUUAGGGUCUGCCAACACAUAAUCUUGCCACUUAGUUUUGUCAAUAUUGAAUGGCUUUAUAGGUAAAGCUUUCAUCAGUCUCGGAAGAAUAAUUGCUUCAAUAUUUAGAGGACCUUUAUCAUAAUCACGAGUUUUUACCGAUAAAGUAUGUUUGUACUUUGAAGUGCAAGAGUCUGUAGAUGACACUCCACUUACCUCGGUGUUCGCUCUUUUUCGUACUAAGUUUAAUGUUUGCGCAGCUUGCUCUGAAAUUAUGGUACAUUGCGACCCACAAUCAAUUAGAGCUUUAAAGAUUUGUAUCCGAAGGCUGCUUCUGUGCUUGUACGAGACGCGUACGUGGAUGAUAUUCCUACUGGUUGCGAUAAUGUCGACGAUCUCAUUG